GUAUGGUUUUGCUUGUGUCAGUCUGCACUGCCAGUAUAAUAUUUUGUACAAAGAAAAACAACAGAUGUGCAAACUUGCUGAAAAAGUGUCACGAAACAGAAAAAUUAUCUAAUUUCAAUACACUAUCAGGAAGUAAUUCGGAGGUUAACAAAUCUACCUGCCUCAGGACAACGUGUCAGUUACUGGUAGGAGAAGGAUUCGUGCAUUGAGUGAUUUCCAAGAAUCCACGAACGCGCUGCUUGCUGCAUUCCUCUUUGAUGACACCUGUCCGAAAUGUCCGUACGUAAUCCAACUACGCUGAUGUCCAUCAGCAACGAGGAAAGCUUCGAUUUUCUGUUCAAGAUAGUUUUGAUUGGAGAUUGCGGAACUGGGAAAACCUGCAUCGUGCAACGCUUCAAAUCCGGGAAUUUUAUCGAAAGUCAUGGUAACACCAUUGGAGUGGACUUUUCGAUGAAAGCGGUCACAGUGGAUGGGAAAAAAGUCAAGCUUCAAAUUUGGGACACUGCCGGCCAAGAACGCUUUAGGACCAUAACGCAAAGUUACUACCGUUCAGCGAAUGGUGUUAUCAUAGUUUACGACAUCACUAAGCGAUCGUCCUUUUUGAACCUGCAACGAUGGAUCGAUGAAGUUCGUCGCUACACCGCAUCCAAUGUGAUGAUAUUUGUGAUAGGCAACAAGUGCGAUCUGGACGCGAUACGGGAGGUUGAGUUUGCCGAAGCGCAAACCAUGUGCCAAUAUAUACCGGAGAUUAUGUUUGUGAUGGAAACAUCUGCCAAGGACAAUCGGAAUAUUGAGGAUGCCUUCAUGACGUUGGCAACCGAGCUGAAGAGGCGGCAUGAUAACAUUACCGCCGAUGAUGACGUCGAGGGGAUCACACUGGGACAAAGUAUGUCUCUAUCGGUUAGUAAUUGUAGCCUUUGUAGCAGAACGUAGAGUUUUUGGAUAAGUUGUUGGAUCCUACUGUCGUACCUAUACUAAUGAUCCAUAGAGGUAGGUAUGUUUUUAUGUAUAUACAACUCAUUCUCAUAGAUAAUCAUGAUCUGUGAAAAAUAAUGUAGUUUGUAAAACUACACGUUGAAUGUUAUAAGAAAGAUAACUAAUAUGAAACAAUAAUCUAAAGUUGUGCUGCAAUGAUACCCUGUUUAAAUGGUUGAAUAAUACUUACGCUCGAAAGUUCACGCGACCGUGUGUUUUCUCCAGUUCCACAGGUUGUCUAAACUUAGGAUUUACAUUUAAAAAGUUGGUUACAAAUAACUUUGUUCGUAAUGUAGAAGUUUAUUAAUCACAGGCGUUAGAAAUGAAAACCGAAACUGGCACUUUUUUCAUGCUAUAUUUUUUUUUACUAUCGCGAUGAACUGAACUGAUUAGAAAUAGUAUGUAGAGAUACCGCUAAGGAUGUGUAAACAUGCAAUAACCUAUUAAGUAAGCCAAUAAUCCAAGGGUUUUUAGCUUCGGAUAAAUUUCUGCUUUGAAACUUGCGCUGCUUAGUUUAUUCAUAGCCCUAUUUUUUCUUUGCCGCUAUGAUUUGAGAUCUGUAAACGAAACCAUCACAAAAAUAGUUACUGAUGUUGAUGUGUGAACCAACAUUGAAACUUAGUGUAGUAUAAGAAAAAAGUGAAGAUCAAAAAAAAAGUCAUUGCCAUUCGAAUUAGGUUAUUCCAAUAACUUUGUGCUGCGGUUUUGAAAGUACCGACACAGCGUGUUUUCCUAUUCACGUGUUUUUUUGCAAUUGCCACAAAUGCUUCUCAAUGUUUGACAAUCAGUUUGGUUUUCAUGUCAAGAUUUUACGAAGUUCGUAUCUCAUCCUUGAUGCUUUAACAUUGGAUGAGUUUGGUUUAAUAUCAUUGUCACACAUCGACUUCGUCGAGCUUUUAUUUUUCAAUGUUUUUUUUUCUUUGUUAAGCUGUGACGUUGAACAGUUAUCUUCAUGUUAACAAUUUUUUCUAUUGAAAGGCACUAAGCAAAUGUUGAUAUUACCGGAACAAAUAACAAGUAAUCAAAAUGGUCGCAUCACAGAGAAACGACAAACAGGGUCUAUGAGUUUGUUAGAGAUUGUUGUGUACCAAUACUUGAAAGAGAAUGUAACUUUAUUUCCUAUAGGAUUGAUUUACACUGUGACUCGAGGUGAUAGAUAUUUAUUUAAUUAUAUUAUAUUGUAACACAGAGUGACUGUUGAACUAAAUAUAUAUAUUUUUGUAAAUAUGGCCGAAACAAUAAAAGUUUAAUCUCUCUUCGGUGUUCUACACAAUCACCUGAA